AUGGACACGCUGACGUUUGACAUUAUUGCAAAUAGUGGACCAGAGCCGGACCGCACCUAUGCCUCUCAGAUACUGCCGUUGCGCCGCCAAGGCCACCAGACACUCUGCACGUUGAUUGUGGCAAACAUGCUUAUGAACGUGCUGGUGGUGCAAGAGGUUGGUGUAAUCUUGGAAACCAUGCACGAGCUCAACACUCUAGGUGCCAUGACAAGUGUUGUAAGUGAUAAUGAUGCACUCGGUGGGUUUAUCAUUAGCAUACUCAUCAUUAUUAUCUUCACAGAGAUACUUCCCAUGUCUAUCUGCAAGUCAAAGUACUCUCUGCGAAUUGCGGCGGCAGGAAGCGGCUUGGUGCGUGUCGCCAUGAUUCUUGCAUACCCCGUGACCAUGCCCAUGGGGAAGCUGCUAGACCGUUUCGUGCCGCACGAUGCGGGACAGAUAUACGACCGCAAUGAGCUGCGCAAACUUAUGAUACUUCACUGUGAGGCACACGGAGACCGUAGUGGUCUCGUCAAAUCUGAGUUGCAACUUCUGAUCGCCGCAAUGGACUUUCACGAGAAGAAGGUAAGUGACAUCAUAACACCAAUUGAGAAAACAACCACAGUACAGGCCAACGAAGUCAUCACUGCGGAAGUGAUUGAGCGUUUGUGGAACAGCGGCCGCUCCCGCAUACCUGUCGAGCAAUCACCAAAUAACUACACCGGCGUCCUUCUCGUAAAGGAUCUUCUUACGGUGUCGUUGACAAACACUGGGACGGCGCCCCCAACUAUUGGAGACCUUGUUCAAGCCAAAUCAAGGCCCUUUGCCACUGUUGGUGUCAACGCGCCGUUGCCGACGAUUCUCAAAUUUUUUCAACAUGCCAAAACACAUAUGUUACUUGUCUUUACUGGGGAUGAGGCUGCUCAUGAGAAUAAUAAAAACGAUGAAAAUGAACUUCGCAUGUACUCUUUCUAUCGUAGGUCCCUCUCUCUUGAUGAGGGAUGCAAAAUUGUCGGCGUCGUGACACUGGAGGACGUUGUGGAGGAGCUUAUCAAGGAGGAAAUUUACGAUGAAUAUGACCGCUAUGGGUCCUGUGUUUUCGAGUACGUGGAUAACCCGCAUAUAUCUGUACCAUUGAAAGGGAGUGGGAUCCCCAUGCCUCUUCCGGAGCCGACGCAGGUGCCAAGAGCGAAUUUUUACUCGUACGGUGUCCACGCGUACGCAAAUGUGCACCUGACAGAGGCACAGGUCUGGGCUGUCGCGUACUACUUGACCCGGGCAGUGAAGGCGUUCUUUCUGUGGAAUCCUGGCUAUGUGAAGAUGCUGCUUGACGCUUGUGGUGACCAGCAGCUUAUUCCGCCGCCUGAUACGGCGGCAAGUACGCCGCACAAACAAAAUGCUCGCGAGAGGAGAUCAUCAAGCUCGAGGUUGUUGUCGCCAAACGCUGCUGAGUGCUCUGGUCUGUUUCGAACUCCUUCAACAUCUUGGAUGGAGGCUCCCCAAGAGCGGCACAACCCCGAUCUCAUCUCUAGAGCGGCGGAGGAGCGUUUCGUCUUGUACCGCGAUGGCGAACCAUCGACGACAUUCACGUUGGUGCUUGGAGGCAAAGUGGAUAUGUUGGUUGGGCCCAACAAUUUUCCUCUCAAGCGGCGCUCCUUCGAGUGGCUGGCGGAGGAGGCGUUGACAUCACCGUACUAUGUCCCUGAUUUUGACGCUGUCGUUCUCUCCCCAACGCGAGUGUAUCGCAUCAGAAAGGACCAAUACGAGCAGUAUCUUGUUUACAAUUCUGUCUACAUGCGCGCAUAUGAGGGGGGUGAGUUGACAUCGAAAAAACACACAGACACAGUUCACCGUCCCAUAUCACGGGUGUCUUCAGCCCAACCAGUGGGGACUGCUGCAGUGCACACCUCGCGUAUGGGCGACAAGGACACAUUGUUGGUGUCUCCUCGCAGUCGCAAAUUGUAUGGGACAUUUGGCGAUGAUGUCAAAUUACCAUAA